AUGAAGGCUUCUCUCGCUCUCUCUGUCCUGGCAUAUGCCAUUUCAACCGCAGCUACAAGCAUCCACCACCGCCGGGCCGACAACCUCCUCCCUGCUGCCGGCAUCCCCAAGGCUGGCUACAACGCUUAUGGGGGAAACUAUGAUCAUCCCGAGACCAACCAGUUCCAGCCUGUUGGUCAGAAGCAGACAUCUUCCAACUCUGGCUCAACCACCAGCAAGAAUACAGACAAGAAGGCAACUACUCAGUCUCCAAAGUGCAUCUCAAAGGGAAAGCUAGAGUCCAUCGUCAACAAAUACGUCUCUACUUUUUCAGGUAUCACUGACGGCGGAAAUCUCGCAAAGACCAUCUUCAAUGACGAUGUCAAGUUCUAUUCUCAGUCGAUCUGGUGGACUGAGUCUUCCAAUAAGAUUAGCAAGUACGCCAAGAACGACAACUAUCCUCCCGUCUACAAGAACCUGAAGGAGCUUAUUGCGGGCAACAUUGAAAAGACCAAUGACCCUAGUGCUUUCAUCAAGGGUGCUGUCGCCUACGGUUGCAACACCUUUACCAUUUACUGGAAGGGCGACUUUGAGGUUCCCAAGGGUAGAAACCAUGGCCGUGGCAAUGGCAUUGAUCUUGUCUUCUUGAGUCCCAAAACUGGUAAGAUCAAGAAGGCUUUUUCAGAGUACAACACCCUCAACCAGGUUUACAACUGGGGUGCUCACAUCACCUGGGCUAAGGAUGAAGUCUGCUGUGACUGCCCUGUAGUGUUUGACCCCAAGUGCAAGUGUACCAAGUAA